CAUCCGGUCGUUUGUUUGGCGUCCGUCUGUGGCACCUCAGACGGGUCCUUCACCCUUUGGCCAUAUUUCUCGCCAUGGAGAAUGAGAGCGGUGGAAAAUCGCACCUCUUCCACUUCACAGGGGUGUCCGCCAACAAGGCGGGCAUGGGCGCGGACCGGAAGUUGGUGGCAGACUUUGUGUACCAGAAGAGCAAGAACUCUCAGUACACCGCCCACCAGCUGGACUUGGACGCCAAGCAGCGCCAGCGCUCCCAGCAGACCGCGCAGGAGCUCCAAGAUGCGGAGGCCAGGAUGACGGAGGUGGAGAAGGCCCAGGAGAGGAGGAAGGCAGAGGCAGAGAUCCAGGAGGUGGAGAAGCAUCGAGACCUAACGCGCACCUAUUGCGUGGUGGACAUGGACAUGUUCUACGCCGCGGUGGAGAUCCGCGACGCGCCUCACCUGGCGACCAAGCCGGUGGCCAUCGGCGGACUGGGCAUGAUCUGCACGGCCAACUACGUGGCGCGGCAGUACGGCGUGCGCGCCGCCAUGCCCGGCUUCAUCGCCGUGGACAUGGUGCGAAAUCCCACGCUGGUAGGCUCCAAGAUGCCGCCGGACGAGCUAGUCUUCAUCUCGCCGAACUUUGCCAAGUACAGCAAGGUUGCCAUGGAGACACGAGAGAUCUUUCGUGAUUACGACCCCAACUUCAAAGCGUACUCCUUGGACGAGGCUUACCUGGACCUCACCGACCAGCUUCAAGGCCGCGAUCCAGAAGAAGUAGUGCAGGAGAUGCGUGGCCGCGUGAAGGCGGCCACUGGGCUCACCUGCUCCGCCGGCAUCGGGCCCAACCGCAUGAUCGCAAAGAUUGCCAGCGACGAGCGGAAGCCGGAUGGCCAAACUCGGAUCCUGCCCACCCGCGAGGCGGUGCUGAGCUAUAUGGAUGCGCUGCCUGUGCGCAAGAUUCCGGGCUGUGGCAAGGUGUUAGAGCAGCAGAUCGCCUGCAUCUUGCAGGUCCAGAGCUGCCGGGAGGUGCGCGAGAUCAACUCCUUGUGGCGCUUGCGCCGGGCCUUUCAAAGUUCGAGGCCCAAGACCUACAGCUUCCUGCUCCGUGCUUGCUUGGGUCUCUCCGGGGACGAGGUCGCCGAGGACGGUGAGGAGGUGGGCGCGGUGGGUCGCAAGAGCCUCUCCUGCGAGCGCACCUUCCGCCAGGAGAGCUGCCCCGAGGAGCUGCGGGUGAAGCUCCGGGACCUGUGCCGCCAGGUCAGCGAGGACAUGGCGGCGGCGGUGCCGCCCUUGGCGGCGCGCUGUGUGGCGCUGAAGGCGAAGAGUACCAACUUCGAAGUGAGGAACAAGCAGCUCAACGUGCCUCGUCCUGUGGGUUUCAGCCACACCUUUGGCGAGAAAGCUGGCGAUGCUGAGGCGCAAGUGGCGCAAGUGGCGCAGGAGCUGUACAAGCUGCUGGAGCCCAUUCUGGAAGAGCAGCUGCCCUGCUCACUGCGCCUCAUGGGUGUGCGCGUGUCCGGGUUCCGGGAUCAACGUCAGCAGCUCUCCAAGGGCCAGCGGCAGCUGCAGAGCUUCUUUGGGAAGAAGCCGGCAGCUGACCCAGAAGACGAGGCCCAGGUCAUAGAGCUUUCAGGAUCGGAGGACGAUUUGCUUCCCACGAAUUCGGCUGAGGGAGGUUUCAGCUUUCCGCAUGCCGAAAUGGGCCGCUUGAAGCGAGUAGUCGAAGAUUCGACCAAGUCGACAAAGCGGAUCCGCACAAAAAGUGAAGGCGUUUGCUGCCCGGUCUGUGGCAAGCGGGUUCCAGAGACCAUUGCGGAUCAGCAUGUGAACGCUCACUACGGGGAAUAACCCACGCAAAGCAGCCUUUCUUUUGUACAUAGCGGCUGCUCGCGCGUGAUGUUAAAUGGGCGGUAAAAUCGCUGAGCACCUCUGCGUCAGUGCGUUCUA